GGGGCGGUGCGAAGAUGGCGGCAGUGAUGGCGGCGCCGGAGGCUGUGGAGGCGCCCAGCUCCCUACUGUUGCUGGUGGUGGGUGGCGAGUGUGGCUGCCCCGGGCUGCUGGCCUACGUCAUGGAGGAGUUGGAACGAGGUGUUCGCUCCUGGGAGGAUGUGGACCCCGCUGUCUGCAGCCUGGAUGAGCAGCUCAAGGCCUUCGUGUCCCGGCAUUCAGCCACCUUCUCCAGCAUUGUGAAAGCUCGUCCCUGCCCAGUGGGUUGAGUCACCACCUACAGCUGCAGGAGGGGAAGGAAGUGUCCCUUUGGGUCGUAGUGGCUUCCUGACCCCUGAUCCAUUGGAGAAAAAGCUGGAAGUGACCUACUGUGUGACCACAGCCCUCUGGACGCCCCUUCUGGGGCAGCGGAGCCUGCACCACCGUGGAGAGACCUUGGAGACGCUGGUCCUGCUGAACCCCUCAGACAAGUCCCUGUGUGAUGAGGUAGGAGCAGGGCCCUGUGCUGUCCUCACUCCUGACCCAGCAUAUGUGCUUGACACUUCUGCACCUACUUCCUCUUGUAGACUUGGGGCAGGAAGGCUGGUCAUGGAAUGCACUGAUGAGCUGGAGGCAGGUGGGAGGAACCCAUGGAACCCAAUGUCCUGGCUUAGCCUCUACCUGGCCCAGGCAGGAGCUGCCCUGGGUGGUAGGAGUCUUGCUUUUGGCCAGCCUGCACCUUCCUCCCAGUCUAAGACAGCUCUGGGACUCUCUGAUGCAUGUCACAAAUUGAUCUGGGAAUGUUGUCACAGGCCUGUUGUCCCAGCAGGAGGAGGCAGAAGCAGCUCCGGAACCUCCUGAUGGACCCCGCCCCUCACAAGCUGCUGGUCCUGGCCGGGCCCUGCCUGGAGGAGACUGGGGAACUGCUGUUGCAGACUGGGGGGUUCUCGGCCCACCACUUCCUGCAGGUGCUGGGGGACAAAGAGGUCCAGGAUGCACUGGCCUCAGCACCAGCUGCCCCAGCCCUCACUGUGUCCUGUCCAACCUUUGGGGACUGGGCACUGUUGGGCCCUGUGCCCGGGCUGCAGCUGCGACUAAAUCCGCCCGCGCAGCUGCCGGCCUCAGAGGGCCUUCGUGCCUUCCUGGAGUAUGUGGCUGAGUCGCUGGAGCCGCCAUCGCCCUUCGAGUUGUUGGAGCCACCGGCUGCGGGCGGCUUUCUGCGCUUAGCAAGGCCCUGUUGCUAUGUGUUCCCGGGUGGCUUGGGAGACGCCGCCUUCUUCGCUGUCAACGGCUUUACAGUGCUGGUGAAUGGUGGCUCCAACCCCAAGUCGAGCUUCUGGAAGCUGGUGCGCCACCUGGAUCGCGUGGACGCUGUCCUUGUGACCCACGCGGGUGCUGACAGCUUGCCGGGCCUCAACAGCCUGCUGCGCCGCAAGCUGGCAGAGCGCGAAGCAGCCGCAGGACCACAGGGACAGCAUGAGGAGCGGCUACGUCGCCUGCUGUCGCCUGCGCUGGGUGUGGUGUUCCUGAAUGCUCGUGAGGCUGCUUCUCGGUUGCGUGGGGGCGAAGACGAGGCUGUGUGUGCUCGGAGCCUGCUGCGGAGCCUGGGCAUUGCGCCUCUGCCACUGCAGCGUGGCCCACAGCCCUCUUGCCCCACUGUCCUUUUCGAGAAGCUGGGCGUAGGCCGCCUAGAGCUUUUUGUGCUGCACCCUCCUCCUGGGGACCCUGCAGCGCCUGCCUGUGCUCUGCUCGUGUGGCAGCCAGCGGCGCCUGGCGACAAGGUUGUGCGUGUACUAUUUCCUGGCCGCACGCCGCCCGCGCGCCUGCUGGAUGGGCUACAGCGCCUGCAGCACCUGCCGUGCCUGCGCAGGCCAGUAGUUACCACGCAUGACCUGGAAGCGCCCUCCAGGGCCAACAGCCAAGACAGUCUGGCCUCGCGGGACAGUGCACGCAAGGAGCCAGUCCGUGGCACUGUUGGCAGCAUUGCCAACAGGAGUACAGUGCGAAGGGAGCCUGCCCUGGCCACUCGUGACCAGAAGAAGGACACAAGAUCUGGGCCCACUCAGCCUACUGCCCGAGACACACGCCGCUCCGGGCCUGGUGUGGUCAACACAAAGCCUCGUGUAUCACAGAAUGGGCCUCGUGCCCCAGUUCUGGCAGCGCCACUCACAGCUCCUGUGGCUGAGUGCCCUGGAGAAGCGGAGAACAUCUUGGAGUCUGAGCGGCCACCUGCCCCAUCCCCAACUCUGUCCCCAGCUCAGUCCCCACCACCUACAGCACCUGGUAAUAGCCCUGAGCGCCUGUCACUCAGCCCUCUGCGCCCAGAGCCUGCCCCUGAUGCGUCGCCCUCAGCCACGACGCCCACGCUGACCACGCCCUCUUUGCCUGCGGAGCUGGGCUCACCCCACUCAACUGAGGUGGACGAGUCGCUCUCUGUGUCUUUCGAGCAAGUCCUGCCAGCAGGUGACCCAGGGCUUAGCCUGCCCCUGCGCCUCGCGCGCCGCUCCACGUCUCCUCAUGAUGUGGACCUGUGCCUCGUGUCACCCUGUGAGUUCUCUCAUCGCAAGCCACCCCCUCCUGCCUCCCCAGGCAGCUCGGACAGCAGUGCUCGGUCACAGGAGCGGCCACCUGAGACUCCACCCACGUCUGUGAGCGAGUCACUGCCCACACUAUCUGACUCUGAUCCCGUGCCCGUGGCGGAUUCUGAUGAUGACGCAGGCAGCGAGAGCGCGGCCAGGGACCCGCCGCCUACACCUCGUGUGCCACCACCACUGCCAGAUGUACCAGGAAUCUGCAUGGUGGACCCGGAGGCGCUACCGCCUCGUGCCCGGCAGCCCCUCAACACCACCAAUCCCAGCCGUAGCCGCAAGGCCCCUGCAAGGCCUAGCUCUGCCUCUGCCACCCCCAGAGCUGCAACUGUAGCUGCCAAGACAAAGGGCCCCGCGGGGGACCGGAACCGGCCACUCAGCGCCCGCAGUGAGCCUGCAGACAGGCCAGGCCGUGUGCCCCUUACCAGGAAGCCCUCAGUCCCUAAGACCGUUCCCAAGAUGGCCUCUGCCACAAGGCUCUCCUCCGGACCCAGUGGCCGCCCUGCACCGCUUGCUGCUGGCUCCCCUGUAUACCUGGACCUGGCCUACCUGCCUGGUGGUGGUGCCGGUCACCUGGACCAGAACUUCUUCCUGCGUGUCCGUGCACUCUGCUAUGUCAUCAGUGGGCAAGGCCAGCGCCAGGAAGAGGGCCUGCGAGCUGUGCUGGAUGCACUGCUGGCUGGCAAGCGGCAGUGGGACCUUGACUUGCAGGUCACACUGAUCCCCACCUUCGACUCUGCGGUGAUGCACAGGUGGUAUGAGGAGACGCAUGCGCAGCACCAGGCACUGGGCAUCAGGGUGCUGGGCAGUGGCAGCCUGGUGUCCAUGCAGGACGAGGCCUUCCCCGCCUGCAAGGUGGAGUUCUAGCCCCACGCUGCAGGGCAGCCUGGGAACAACAGUUCCUCACUGUGACCCAGGUUGGUGCUGUGGCUCCAUGUGCAAAGCUAGAUCCCGUGCUUAAGUGAGCCACCGUGUGACAUCCCAGCUUCCAUCUCCAGCACUGAGGGUGAGAACUGCGCGCUUUAUCACUUGUCCACGCCCCAUCAUGUGUCAGGCACAGCUCUCUAUGCCUUCUACCCUAGAACUCAGGUUGCAGAGGCAGGAGGAUCUAUGCAGAGUCCAGGCCAGCCUGGGCUUCAUAGUGAAUCUUUGUUUCAAAAACCACAAAAAAUAAAGCUGUUGGCUGAGA